AUGCACGCACUCAAGUAUCGAUGUGACGCACUCGAAAAGGGCCUCGGAAAGAAGUGCGGCGGUCGCGAGAAGGGUGUCCACGGCAUUGAGGGCAUGAGUUCCGAAGGUCGAGAGACAAUUGGCCUGCUCUAUUGGAUGGCUAUCAUGUGUGAUACCCUAUCCUCAUCCAUGAACGAACGACCCGUCGUGAUACUGGAUCAGGACUGUCAACACGAAGGGCAAAAGGAGAUCCAGAAAGCCGAAAAUAUUGAAGACCCCUUUGGAAGAAAUCGGUGGAAUCUCGAUCUUUUUUUGAAAGGAAACCUCAACCAGACACAUCGAACGCACUGGCCUUGUUCCUAUGAAGCUGCCGCUGAAGAUGUCAUCAAGUCAGCGCCGGUAAAGGUCCUUCUCUUCCGUCACCUGUCUUACCUACAAAACGCUGUUCGCAAGAGUACCUCUCAAGAACAGGUCGAAGAAAUCAUCCGCAUGACGAUGCUCCUAUAUGAAUACUGGAACAGAACGCACGGCGCCUUCUUCGGCGAACUGGUACAGAACUACCAUGCGGUUAUGCAGCGCAUACAGGGCUGGUUUCUCUGUAUCUCUGCCCAUUGGAAUCUUGCUGCUCUGAUGCUUGCCGAUCUGCUAGAAUUCAUUGAUGAGAAUUCCCUGGGUGCGGAGGAUACAACCCACAUUCGUAUCACCAGUCAAGUGGCGAUGACAAUGAGGAUGCAUAGUGCCAGGGAGCUGUCAAAUUUAGCAAGAGUCGGUACGCCAUCUACUAGAAUUUUUGAUAAUCUGGGUGCGCCACAGAUGUCAGACUUUCACCACGCUGUCAACGAGGGCACGCUCUUGACCGAGCCAUGGACAAUGAUUUUGAUCAGAGCAUUCACCAAAGCUUGCAUGGUCUUUUUAAGUGACGCAGAUGAGUCUUUGCGCUAUUCUGGGCCUACUCUCUGGCACAAUAGUCAUGAUUUAGAGCGGAAUCUGGAGCAGGCGGAGGAAUGUAUGAAGGGGUUGUGGCUACUGGGUAAAAAGUCGGAUAUGGCACGGGAGAUUUCCGAGACUCUUUCACUCGCGUUAGAAGAAUUGAGGAAUCAGAUGUAG